AUGCUGACGCCCACGAGCACCUUCGCCAUCCGCCUCGCCGGCCAGGGCGCCGCCCGCGCAUCGAUUGCCUCUUCCAUCGCCCGCACCACCGCAUGCCCGUACUCGACCGCCUCCAUGAAGCAGCACCAAGCCUCUGCCCGCCCAAUUGGUCUCGCCUCGACAGCCGGCCCCAUCGCCCGAACCAGCGCCGCCUUUGCCGCAUCCCCCUCGUCCUCCAUCGUCGCCCGCGUCGUCCGCCAACCCUGCUCCCAACGCUGCAAUACUACCGCUACCGCCUCCGCUGCGGCGCAACAAAAGUCCGCCCCUUCGCCGGGGGACAGGUUGGACUGGGAGACCUUCUUCCAGCUGCGCAAGUCCCGUAGAAGGUGGCAGCUUGGCUUCAGCGUCAUUUCUGGAUUGGGAUCCUUUGUUGGCGGUGCUGGCAUCUUGGCUACUGGCAUUGCGGACCCGUUGGUGACACAGGUUCCGCUGGAUCCUUUCAUUACGAUGGGCCUUAUGACGAUGGGCUUCGGUGCUCUUGGAUGGCUUAUUGGACCUAGCGUUGGUUCUCUGGUGUUCUACACGCUGAACAAGAGGUGGAAGACUCAGAUGACGGUGAAGGAGAAGGAAUUCUUCGCCCGCAUCAAGAAGAACCGUGUUGACCCCUCUGUCUCCUCUGUUGGUAACCCUGUCCCCGAUUUCUACGGCGAGAAAAUCUCAAGCGUCAAGGGGUACCGUCAAUGGCUCAAGGACCAGCGAGCCUUCAACAAGAAGCGUGUCAGCUUCGUGUAG